AUGACACCCCCUAGAUCAAAUGAGUGCGAGCCAAUUGCCAUUGUUGGCAUGGGCUGUCGCCUACCGGGAGGUGUUCAGGACAUUCCUGCGUUGUGGGAGUUCCUCCGGGACCAGAAGGAUGCUCACGGGGAGUUUGCCGCGCCGCGUUUUUCAGCCGAAGGCUUCUAUCAUGCCAAUUCAGACCGGCCUGGGACUGCUGUAGCCAGCAGUGGCUUCCUCUUGAAAGAGGACCCGCGGCUUUUUGACCCGUCUUUCUUCGGAAUUACUGAUGUCGAAGCGGAAACCAUGGACGCCUCGCAACGCAAGCUACUCGAAGUGACGUAUGAAGCAUUUGAGAAUGCAGGGGAGACAUGGGACAGUGUGUCCGGUAGCCGAAUCGGCGUUUUCGUCGGCGAUAUCUCGUUCGACAAUUAUGUGUCCCAGACGCGUGAUUGGGACUAUAGCGGCAAAUACUCGGCUACUGGAGCCUUUCCCAACAUGCUGGCCAACCGCAUCCACUACGUUUUCAACCUCAAAGGUCCGAGUCUGCUAAUCAACAGUGCAUGCACCUCGGCCAUGUAUGCGCUCCACCUGGCUAUUACCUCUAUGCGCAAUGGGGAUUGCGAUUCGGCCAUCGUAGCCGGAUCCAACUGGGUUAUGGACCCCAACUGCCACAUUGCUAUGGGCAAGCUGGGAGCCCUGUCACCUUCUUCCAGAAGCCACACUUUCGAUGCCUCCGCAGACGGGUACGCCCGCGGCGAAGGUUUCGCAGCACUCUACCUAAAGACAGUCUCGCUUGCAACCCAAGAUGCGUCUCCGAUUCGCGCCCUAAUCAGAGGCAGUGCGGUCAACGCCAACGGGCGUACGAGUGGUAUCACCAACCCGAGUGGCCCCGCACAAGAGACUGUCAUUCGAGAAGCCUACAAGAACGCAGGGGAUCUCGAUCCCUCCGAAACAACCCUUCUCGAGUGCCACGGAACAGGCACCCGCGUUGGGGACCCAAUUGAGGUGACGGCAGCUGGGAAUGUGUUUGGGCCAUCACGGUCUACUGUCCAUGAAGAUCGCCUGGUUGUCGGGUCUGUUAAAACUAACGUGGGCCAUCUGGAAGGUGCGUGCGCCUUGCCAGGUAUCCUUAAGGUGGUCGCUUCUCUCGAGGCCGGAGAGAUCCCCGCGACGCUCGACCGACUUAAGCGUGCCAGUGUUACUUCGGCAGGCUUUGGAGGCACCAACGGACAUUGCAUCAUCGACCACGUCCACAAUGUCAUCCCGAAGUAUGUGAAGCCUGGCGUCAUUCACGAGCAAGUUGAGCAGUCCAAUGGUACAAACGGGCAUGCUGUUAAUGGUACCAAUGGCACCAAUGGCACUAAUGGCACCCACGGCACCCACGGUACCAAGCUAGAAGCACUCUCCCUGCUGCACCGUCCUAUACUCCAUUCUCCGACCCUCGUUAGACGGGCCGAUGCCACCACUCGCCAGAUGGUGGUUCUCCCCUUCUCCGCGCACAACCAGUCUUCUCUGAUUGCGAACAUGGAGGCGCUGCAACAUUCCAUUCCUCAUCAUUCAUUAGCCGACGUGGCCUACACUCUCGCAGCUAAACGUUCUCGAUUCUCACAACGAGCCUUCUCGAUUGUUGACAAGGACCAGGUCACCCAGGUCGGAUCGGUCACCGACAACGGACCAAAGGUGUUCGCCUCGCCCCAACGGGUAAACGUCGGUUUUGUUUUCACGGGUCAGGGUGCUCAAUGGCCAGCCAUGGGGGCGGAGCUGUUUGAGUACGCUGUGUUCCGAGAUACAAUCGCAUACCUCGACACUGUGCUGGCUGUGUUGCCCCAGCCCGCUCCAUGGAAGCUUGUAGACAUUCUGUGUGGCAACUGUGACAAGGAUCUCAUCCAGAAGCCUGCCGUGUCUCAGACAGUAUGCACCGCGCUACAGAUGGGUCUUGUUGACCUGCUAGCAUCAUGGUCUGUCCGCCCGGCUGGCGUCGUGGGUCAUUCAUCGGGCGAAAUGGCCGCAGCGUAUGCCGCCGGUCGGAUCACAGCUGCAGAGGCCAUCACCAUUGCUUAUUACCGCGGAUACAUGGUCUCAUUCAACCAGAAAAAGGGUGCUAUGUUGGCUGUCGGACUUGGAGCAGACCAGGGCGCCGAGUAUAUCCGGCAAGCCGGUAUGGAGGGAAGAGUCAAGGUCGCGGCGAUCAACUCUCCGGCAAGCAUCACCAUGUCUGGUGACGCUGAUGCCAUCGAGCAGCUGAGAGUCCAGCUCACCCAGGAAGCUAUUUUUAACCGACAGCUCCGCACCGGAGGACUUGCCUACCACUCACACCACAUGCUGUCAUUUGGUCACGAUUACGCUCAGGCAGUUGAUGAUGGGUUACAGCGUCUUGCCAGCCUAGGAAUCAAUGACACCACUUCCAGGUAUCCCAACAUCCCUUGGGCUUCUUCGGUGGUGCCACAAAAAAGCUCAACCAUGCCUCGCGAGGAAGUGACUGCUUCAUACUGGAAAGCAAAUCUGGAGUCACCCGUACGGUUUACCGAUGCCGUAUCCAAGCUCCUCGACAUGGACGACCUGAGAAUCGGCGCAACGGUGGAGAUCGGCCCACACCCAGCGCUGAAAGGCCCAUUGGGGCAGAUCGUCAAAGGUCUGGGACGUACGAUUCCCCACGUUGCUUCGGUAGAGAGAGGCCAGGAUGCUCGCCGCUCGCUACUUGGACUCGCCGGAACGCUAUUUGCCCUGAAUGCCGACGUCGAUUUGGUGGCAGUCAACGCCAGCCGUCUAAGCAAGGAGUACCGACUCCGGCGCUGGCCCCGGCAUGAUCUGCUUGGAGCCCGUGUGCCAGGGACAACUCGGCUGCGUCCGCAAUGGCGAAACAUACUCCGCUUGAAGGAUCUGCCAUGGCUUAAUGACCAUCGCGUGCCUCCUCACGUUCUGCAUCCCGGAGCGGCGCAUAUCGUGAUGGCCAUGCUCGCAGCAGAGCAAGCCUACGCGGAAUUCCCCGAUGCGUUGCCUGUUGUUGGCUUGACCCUCCGGAACGUCUCGAUCAAGAAGACCCUGGUUGUCCCGCAAGAUGACAAGGGAAUUGAGAUCGUGCUCAGCAUGGAGCUGGAGGAUGGUGCCACCGCCGCAUCUCCUGGAUGGGCAAGCUUUUCCAUCGCCUCGGUCGUUAACGACUCCGAGCAGUGGACGGAACACUGCUCAGGUCUAGUCAAGGUUGAUGUCGUUGCCUUUAACGCGCCUGCGGCCAUUGAUACAAAUACCAUGGACGGACGCGCUGUAGAUGCGCAGGCCUGGUACACUCGCUUUGCCGACAUGGGGCUCCAGUUUGGGCCCUCGUUCCAAGGGUAUUCCGAUAUCUGGGCUGACCCGUUCAGCAAUGUGGCAUUGGCCAAGCUAUCGCUAAACACCACUGCAGGAUUGUUCCCUGGAGGCGAGUCCAGGUAUCCCAUCCACCCCGCCUCCUUGGAUCUUGUUAUCCGCCUGGGACUCAUGGCAUGUAAUGGCGGCCAGGCAGAAACGGCCAGUGUCCAGCUGCCUAUCCAUUUCGAUCAGAUGCGGUUCAAACUUGGCUGCCUCCAAGGCCGUGACUGGAUCACAGGGGUAUCGCGCGGCGAGCUACGUGGGUUGCGUGGAGCGUACGCCCAACUGCAACUGUUGGAUGACUCCGGCGAGGCUAUUUUGGACGUGGACAACAUGCGCUUCACCAGCCUGAACAAUGAGCAGCAGUCCUCCGCACAGGAUGUUUCUGGCCAAGCUUAUUCCAGUCCUUUCGCGCGUCUUGUCUGGAGGCCUGAUAGUCGCACAUUGAGUCGGGAUCAGUGGAGCAAACUUCUUGCGUCUGUGGACGGGACCACCACUUUCUCUCGGCUCUCCUACCUCUUCGACCUCGUAGGCCAUGCCAACCCAGAUCUUCGAAUCCUGCAGCUUAGCGCUGGCAGCGAUGACCGGAAUGCUGGCCAAGCAGUGCUAAAGUCCCUUGUCGGCCACAAUGGCAUCAAGCGCUACCGGGAAUACGUCGCAACGGACGCCUCUGCCGAGCGACUGGACUCCUUCCGUGAGACUAUCUCAGCCUUCCGCGACGUCAAAUGCUCCGUGCUGGAUAUAGGGACCUACGACAUCAUCCUGUGGAGCAAUGUGGAACAUGGCCUGGCUACUGAGCAGGCCCUGGCAAACGCCAAGAAGCUCCUCCACCCCGGGGGACACCUUGUACUAGUGGAUCGCAAGGAUAGCAGCGAACUGGCAUGGGACCAAUGCCUUCGGCGAGUAGGGUUCGACUCAGGACCUAAGCUAGUCUGUCGCGAAGCUGAUCUGCACUCCACCAUCAUCCUAUCCACCCUGUCCGAUCCGGUACCAACUACCAAGAGCGGCAACCCUGUGGUCCACCUUCUACACGGGUCUCAAGGCACUUCAGCGCUUCUCCAUCAUCUCGCCCGGGCUAUGGAACAGCACGGCCUAUCUAUCCGAAUCAGUCCUAUGGACCAAGCAAUAAACGUACUCGCUCCCAAUUCUCGCGUGGUGGCUUUUCUUGACGGAGAAAAUCUUCUGUUUGCCGCCGAUCAACGCCGACUGGGACUAUUUCAACAUCUAGCUGCAAACACGGCGAGCAUGGUUUGGGUUACCUCGUGCGGCCUAGUGAAGGGCCGAAAUCCCGACGGCGCAUUUGUUAGCGGGCUUCUACGUACCCUGGGAACUGAGAAUCCCGCAGGGCAGUUCUUGUCAGUCGACGUUGAUGCGGAAGACUUUCAGGUUCCUGGCCUGGAGAUGGACGAGCUGGUCCGCUGCUUGGUCGAACAGGAGCUCCUCCUGCAGCCCACCCUCGACGAUAAAGGACCUCCUGAGGUGAAUCGGGACCUGGUUUGGCAAGACGGCUGCAUGUGGACGAGCCGGAUCGUGCCUGAUGGGCAGCUGCAGGGAUACGCGGAGGUGGCUCCCACCAGGCAGGAAGUUGACGUGUCUGCACGGCCACUGAGCAGCCUUGGACCCGUACGAGCGGCCUUUGAGACACCUGGUAUUCUCACCUCCCUCUAUUUCCGUCCGUAUACAGAGCUGUUGCAACCCCUGCCUCGGGAUUAUAUCGACGUCAAGGUGGAUGCUGUCGGGCUCAACUGGAAAGACCUGGGGCUGUGUUCCGGUCGAUUUGAUGCGAACAACCUCUCCAACGAAUACUGCGGUGUUGUUACCCAGGUAGGAGCUGAUGUUACUAGAAUCUCUAUUGGCGACCGGGUUUAUGGAAUGGGCAAGGGGCACUUUGGCACGCACACUCGUGUGCCCGCAGGUCUGGCACAGAAGCUGGCCGCGGACGUCAACGCCAUCGAGGCGGCUACUAUGCCGCUGGUGUAUAUGACUGCAGUUUAUGCCUUCGAGCAUGUUACUCGCCUCAAGCCUGGCCACAAGGUACUGAUCCAAUCGGCUACAGGCGGCCUUGGUUUGGCAGCCAUCCAGUUGGCGCGGUCCAAGGGGGCCACCAUCUACGCGACGGCAGGCACUGCAGACAAAGUCCGUUUCCUGACAGACCACAUGGGUGUUCCAGCAUCGCAGAUCUUCUCGUCCCGCGACUUGGCCAGUUUGCACCGCGCCACUCAGCAACAUGGAGGGUUUGAUGUCAUCCUCAGCACUGCCCAGGGCGAUAUGUUGUACGAGUCCGUCAAAGCCCUAGCCCCCUUGGGCCAUUUAGUCGACGUGGGUCGCCUGGAUGUCACUAGUUCCCAAACCAUGGGCCUGGAACUUUUCCAAAAGAGUGCUGGGUUUACCUCCUUUGACCUUGGCCUCGUUGUGGAACGUGACCCUGUCCUCGGGGCCGAGCUGAUGCAGUCCAUCGACGCGCACUUCCGCGCUGGCCACAUCGGACCCAUUAAGCCCUACUCCGUUGCGGACAUUGGCCACCUGGACCAAACUCUCUUGCAGUUCUCGCAAGGCACCCAUAUUGGAAAGCGUGUCAUUACCUACCAAGACCCGUCCACCUUGCUGCGCACUCUCCCCACCUCAUCCGCAACCCCGGCGCGCUUCGACCCAGCCGCCCGCUACAUCCUCGUCGGCGGGCUGACCGGCCUCGGCCGCUCCAUCGUGCGGUGGAUGAGCAGCCGUGGUGCUCGCGACCUGGAGGUUUGGUCCCGCCGGGGGGCAAGCAACCUUGCCCCCGAAGCACAGCGUAUGAUCACUGAGCUGGCAGCCCAAGGCAUCCGAGUCCAGCCCGUUGCCUGCGACGUAACCAACCGUGACGCCGUGCUCCACGCCAUGCGAUCUGCGCAUGUUGAUCCCACACGACCUGUUCGUGGUGUCUUCCACUUUGCCGUAUCCUACCAGGAUAUCUCCUUUGACAAGAUGACCGAAGCCCAAUUCAACCAAGGCAUGGCGGCCAAGGUCUUCGGCGUCAAGCACCUCCACGAUGCAACGGCGUCCAUCCCUCUCGACUUCUUCGCUAUGACCUCCUCCUUGGGAACUGUCUACGCCUUCCCUACCCAAAGCACCUAUCUCGCUGCCAACAACUACCUCGAUUACUUUGCCCGCUACCGCCGCCGGCUCGGCCUCCCCGCCACAACCGUCGCCUUAGGCUUCAUCAACGACCUGGGCCCGCUAACCAAUGACCCCGUCACCGUCAACCUCUUCGUCCGCGCCAAAGGCCAAACCAUGACGGGAGCCCAGGUCGUGCGUAUGCUUGAGCCAGCCUUUGUGAAUGAGCAACCCAAUGCCCUCUGGCUCGGCCAUACCGAUGACCCCCUCUCCGCAUCCCACAUAGUCACUGGCAUCGACCCAGCCGUCCUCGCCAAGAUGGCCCGGUCAUCAGCUGCCUCCCUCGCCUCUUCUACCAUUCCCAGAUGGUACCACGACUCUCGUGUCUCCUUAAUGCUGCGUGCCCUAGAAGACGCCUCGUCCGCUACCUCUUCUCUCAGUAAAGAUUCCAAGGAGGAUGCAUGGACGGAGACCAUCAAAUUCGUGACUGAGGCCAUCCAGGCCACCGUGGCAGGCAUGUUGUUUGUGGAUGUGGGAAGCGUGAAUCCCAACAAGACGGUGGCGGAGCAUGGCAUUGAUAGUUUGCUGGCGGCGGAGUUUCGCAAUUGGUUCCAGGGGGCGUUUGGGAGGGGGGUGAGUAUGUUGGAGUUGAUGGAUGCGAGGAUGAGUCUAGCGUUGUUGGCGAGGUCGGUAGUUGAGGGGGCGGUGGGUGUGUGA